AUGGCUGACGAUUUAGAUGCAAUUCGAGCCCAGCGUAUGGCACAGCUUCAAUCGCAAUAUGGCGGCGGAGCAGGUGGUGGAAAUGCUGGCGAUAAACAGAAAGCUCAAGAAGAACAAAUGCGACAACAGGAAGAAAUGAAACAUGCCAUUCUCUCCCAGGUCUUGGAUCAACAAGCUAGAGCUAGACUGAACACAUUAAAAAUUAGUAAACCGGAAAAAGCAGCCGUCUUUGAAAAUAUGGUCUUGAGAAUGGCACAAACCGGCCAAUUAAGAGGAAAAUUGGAUGAUGCCCAAUUUGUGAGCAUUUUAGAAAGUGUAAAUGCUCAAAUGCCUCAAAGUAAGAGCACAGUUAAAUACGAUAGACGUCGUGCUGCCAUCGAUUCGGACGAUGAUGAUGACUACGGAUGCUGAUUAUUGGCCAUAAAUGGC